GCGUUCUUCAUCUUCAAUCAGAAGGGCGAGGUGCUGAUAUCGCGAUUAUACCGCACGGACAUCAAACGCUCUAACGCCGAUGUGUUUCGUAUACAAGUUAUAUCCAACCCGGACGUCCGGUCGCCGAUCAUCACUUUGGGAUCAACAAGUUUCUUCCAUGUUCGCGUUAAUAACUUGUACAUCGUAGCCGUCACGAAGAACAAUGCGAAUGCCGCGCUUGUCUUUGAAUACUGUUACCGCUUCAUCAACAUCGCGAAAUCGUACUUCGGCAAGAUUGACGAGGAGUCUGUCAAGAACAACUUCGUUUUGAUCUACGAGCUGAUCGACGAGAUCAUCGACUUCGGUUACCCGCAAAACAGCGAAAUCGACACAUUGAAAACGUACAUUACCACCGAAAGCGUUGUCUCAGCUGUUGCUCCUGAAGAGUCGUCGAAGAUUACGUCGCAAGCGACAGGGGCGACCAGUUGGCGGCGCGCGGAUGUCAAGUAUAAGAAGAACGAGGCAUUUGUGGAUGUUGUCGAGACUGUCAACCUGGCCAUGAGCGCAAAGGGUACUUCCAUUCUUCGUGCGGAUGUCGAUGGUCAUAUAGUCAUGAGGGCGUACCUUUCCGGAACGCCAGAAUGUAAGUUUGGCCUCAACGAUCGACUGGUCAUCGACAAGAGCUCCGGCGGCGGCGAUCCCAACGCUGUCGAGCUGGACGACUGCCAGUUCCAUCAGUGCGUUCGGCUGAACGAGUUCGACUCUAGUCGAACCAUCAGCUUCAUACCUCCUGACGGGGAGUUCGAGCUGAUGAAGUACCGUUCCACAUCGAACGUCAAGCUCCCUCUGAAGGUGACACCAACAAUUACCGAGAUCGGCACCACGCAGGUGUCGUAUAUCGUGACAAUUAAAGCCAACUUCAACAACAAACUCUCGGCUACCAACGUUGUUCUCAAGAUACCCACACCUCUCAAUACUACGACUGUUGACUGCAAAGUCGCCCAAGGCAAGGCGAAGUAUCAGCCUGCCGAAAAUUACAUCGUCUGGAAAAUUCCACGAAUUCAAGGCGGAGCCGAGUUCACCUUCAACGGAACUGCAGACCUGACAUCUACGACGACACGGCAGGUCUGGGCACGACCGCCGAUAGAUGUCGACUUUCAAGUUCUCAUGUUCACGGCAUCCGGUCUCAUCGUGCGAUUCCUGAAAGUGUUCGAAAAGAGCAACUUUAACUACAACAGUAUCAAAUGGGUCCGUUACCUGACCAAGGCCAGUGGUUCUUACCAGAUUAGGGUCAGUGUGAAUAUCCUAUCUUCAUGGGGUCAACACGCUGAGAUCGCCUCCCCAGUUCUGAUAUGGUUCACGUUAACAGUCGAGGGUAGUCACUGUACAAACAUGCAUCACUGGAACCCCUGUCGUCGCGUAGUUUUAUUCCCUUUUGUUACGGAGACUCCAAGAUGCGCUGGUAGCUACAGAGACUGA